AUGUCAGUAGUUUACCCUGGCGUAUCACAGCCACCUCCGCCGUAUGACCCACCUCCUCCGUGGAUUCCAGUAGAAGAGAGAAUCCACAACAGAAAUUACAACAGUAAUCUUCAAAUGUUCCUGCCACGGACAGUUAUUUUGAAACGCUUAAAAGCUGCAGAUACUCUUGGGUUCAACAUUCGUGGUGGAAAAGAGCAUAAUUUUCCUUUCUUUGUGUCCAAGGUGAUGCCAGAUAGUGAAGCCAGCAGACUCGGCAUUCUGGAAGGGGACCAGAUCGUUAAAGUCAACGGUAUUGAUUUUGAUACUUUAGAUCAUGCAGAG